CGAGAAGAACUCCACCUUGCCCGGGAUGGAGCGCGUCCACGUGCGGUGCGCGGCCACGGCCCGCGAGUCCAGUGCGCGAUGUCCGCGGGAGAAGUUCCGCCCGCUCGGAGCCGGUCGCUGCAGAGCCGAGAUCCUCUCAAAAGUUCACUCGGCUACACUGGCGUCCGCAGGACCGUCUCGUCGCGCCCUUUCCUCUCCGCCCAUCAGUCCCCGAGCGAAGGUGCGGCGACCCGACCGUCACAGAGUGCCGGGGCUGCGCGCCGGAGCCCGCUGUUCUCCCGCCCUCCUCGCCAUCUUGCGCGCUCACAGCCCGUUCUCCUGCUGGACAAGUUCGCACUCGCGCGGCUCGGCGGCGCGCGGACGGACCCUCAUCGCCGAGUGGAGUCGCUCGCGGGACGGAGCGGGAAGAGGAGGAGGAGGAAGAGGAGGAGGCCGAAGGGCGGAGGGCGGAAGGCGGAGCGACGCCGCCAGCAGCGCAGCGCAGCGCAUCGCAGCGCAGCGCGCACCGGACUCGAGCCUCAAGAGUUCCUGCGGCCUCACGCGUGUGGCUGAGGGAGGACCACGGACCGCGUGGACAUGGAAGCACUGGCUGCGACUUGGUUACUCGUUAAUUUGCAGUACAUCUGACACAAGCAGCACUUAGAAGAUCAUUUGUG